GCCACCAUACUACGUCAGCGGAAGUGUUUUGAGCGUUCGCGAGCUAGGUCACAUUGAAUCAGUGGGGGUAAUGUUUUAAGAAAAAUCAUCACAAUGGAGGCAACAAAUACAGAGGAAGCCCAGCUGAGGCAUGUGGAGAAGGAUGUGCUGAUCCCCAAGAAGAUGAGGGAGAAAGCCAAGGAGCUCUGUGCUGACAAGGUUGAAGCCUUCAGCCACUGCUGUAAAGAGUCUGGUUUCCUCAUGGUGUUGAAGUGUCGGGGGGAGAACGCAGCCCUGAAGGAAUGUCUGACACGACACUACCAGGACCCCGCGUUUUUCGAAGAGUGCAAGCAGGAGUACAUUCGAGAGAAGCUGGAAUUUGAGAGGACGGGGAUUCCAGCCAAGAACAUGAAACAAAAACUUCCGACUAGCAUGUAAAAUAACAACACAACUAGCUUUAUUUUUGAAGUGUACACAGACUUAAACUCUGCCCAGAACUGCAGGAUUACGUGGCAGUGCUAUGGACAAGUGGUUGUAUUUCUUGUAAAGCUACAUGCUUAUGCGUGGGGAAAAGGUGAGUGAAAUUAUUUGGAUCAUAAAGAGUGAUCAGAAUGUCACAAAUAUGUGAUUGUACUGUGAUAUAGUAGCCACCUGGAAGAGUUUCAGUGCAGGGCAGCACAUGGUGCGCAGCUGUAAACUGAGGGAUGCUUUGCACCUGUUGAACCACUUGAACAUGUCUAUUGCUCCUGCAGUGACGGCACGAGUGACGAAUCUGCUCAGUUGCCUUUGGCUGGACCCACAGCUUUGAAAUUCACCUGCAGAAGUUGUCGUGUAUUAACUUACAAAGGAUUUGAUUUAAAAAAAAAAAAAAAAGUAAUGGAAAUCAGAGAUGGAGAUUUGUACACUAUAACUUGGAGGUAAUAAUAAAACCCUGUGUGAUCAUGUGAUUGUUGCAAAUAUUAAAAAUUUUGAAAGCAAAA